AUAUUACUUGACUUAUUAUUAAGAGUAAAUAAUUGUAGCUCAAUACCUACUACAAGUACCUUAAUUGCCUAAUCAGGUAAUCAUUUAUCGGGAUUCGUAGAGCUUACAGGCCGAGUACAUACUGCAUACCUGUAUGUACAUAUGUACAAGGUAUCUCAAUCCCUGUCAUUUCUGCUGUCCCUAUCACGACUAGGUUAGGUACCUACUAUCUUGAUAAUCUUCUCCAACGAUUACUCUCAAGAUCAUACAUACAUAGUUACGUAUUCUUAAACUACCUACCUAGGAUCUUAGUUCCAAUACAUUGCAUUUCUCUAUUUUGCUUCGUUACACCCAGCUAUGGCCAUACGCUCGGAUACUAUCGAGGAUGACCUCUUAAACUCUAGCUACCGGCUUGACCCGUCCCAACAAGCGCAUACUCUAAUCCACCGCAUCUACAACUCUAUCAAGCCUCGCCGUGCGCCUCAGCCCAGAUCCUACCCUCCCCUCUCAAGCAUCCCACGAACAUCUCCCGAACGUCUUGCCCUUGCCUCUCCCGACUCUCCCGACUCUCCCGACGAUGCCUCAUCCGCGCCGACCGUCCUAUACCUCGCCUACGGCUCCAAUCUCUCCGCCGAGACUUUCCUCGGCAAGCGCCACAUCAAACCGCUAAGCAUGAUCAACGUAUCUGUGCCGACUUUCGACCUGGCUUUCGACCUGCCGGGGCUAGCCUACUGGGAGCCAUGCUUUGCGAACGUGUCGCCGCGCAAGAUCCCCAUGCCGCCUAUCCCGGGCGAUCCGCCGAGACCCCCAUUCCCUCCCCCAUCCAGCGCAAGAUCAAUAUCCGACCGACAAGACGAGAUAGUCCAAGAAGAGAAAUGGCUUCCGGGAACACUGCUCCCCUCGCUCCCUCCGGACCACAGCCCGUCCUGGUCUAAAGGGCUCUACGGCGUGGUCUACGAGGUCACGCGCGAGGACUACACCCGGAUCAUACAUACCGAAGGCACUGCCUACGAAGAAAUCCUAACGCCGUGUCUAGCGCUGCCGCCGCCCUUCCACGUCCCCGAAAAGCCCCCUAUUCCCGAGCUGCCGAGACCGUUCUUCGCGCGUACCCUAUAUGCCCCACAACUGCCCUCCUUCGAGCCCCCCGACGGCGGCGACGACAGCGGCGACGAUAAGAAGCGCUGGUGGCAGAAAUUGCUAUUGCCCGUUCGACGAACCCCGGGCUAUGCGCAGCCGAGCCCGCGGUAUCUGCGUCUGAUCCGCGACGGCGCCCGCGAGCAUUAUCUACCGGAGGACUAUCAGACGUACCUCGCACGUCUGGAGGCGUAUACCAUCACGACGUGGAUGCAAUAUAUUGGAAGUUGGCUAUUCGUACUCACAGUGGUGCCGCCAUUCGCGCUGUUGACGCUGCUUGGUUACCUGCUAGCUGGUAAAGGCAGCGGUAUACCAAAGUGGUUGGAGGCAGCAAUAACGAUCCAGCGGAAUCUAAUGUGGAAAGUCUACGAUUAUGUAUUUAAGCCCCUGUUUGGGGACGGGGAGCGGACGGUACAAGAGGAAGAUGACUCGGGUAGGACGAGCAGAAUACGUACACGAGCGUGGGGGGGCGAGAAGAAUGCUCUGCUGGCGGAUUGGUAGCAUAAGCGGUGUUGCACUACGAGCAUGGCAAUCAAUUUAUGUGACGAAUCUAAUAAUGUCAUGGGAUAUCAUACCAUGCUGAAAUGUCCUUAUAGCCUAUUUCUACCGCACCCCCUUGUGAAUAAUGCA